UGGGCCUCGGUGUCGGUGCGCAUGCGCAAACUCCAGCUGUCAGCAGCCGGGGCCGCGGGACCCCCGGCGGAGGUGCUAGUACUUGGAACCCUGCGCGGCCGUCGCCAUGGCAGCGCAGGCCACGUGGUGAUGGGGCCGCCCACCGGGCUCUCCGCUCCCGCUGCCUCGCUGUCUCCUGGUGGAACCCGCGAGAUUCCACCCCCAACUGGGGGUCUGGCGAGUCCCUGGUGCCGGGCUGUUUACGGCCCCACCUCCUAGCCCUUUCGAGCCUCACCAGCCCUGCGAGCGCCCUGUAAGGACUGCCAGGCGAGAAUGAAGGUCCUUUUACUGAAAGACCCUAAGGAGGAUGACCGUGGCCAGGAUCCCUACAUCAGGGAAUUAGGAUUAUACGGACUUGAAGCCACUUUGAUUCCUGUCUUAUCCUUUGAGUUUUUGUCUCUUCCCAGUUUUUUGGAGAAGCUGUCUCAGCCUGACAGUUACGGGGGACUCAUUUUCACCAGCCCCAGAGCAGUAGAAGCAGUGGAGCUGUGUUUGGAGAAAGACAAUAAAGCCGAAGUCUGGAAAAAGUCUCUGAAAGAAAAAUGGAAUGCCAAGUCGGUGUAUGUGGUGGGAAAUGCUACUGCUUCUCUAGUGAAUAAAAUUGGCCUGCACACAGAGGGAGAAAACUGUGGAAACGCGGAAAAGCUUGCAGAAUACAUUUGUUCCAGGGAGUCGUCAGCACUGCCUCUUCUGUUUCCCUGUGGAACCCUCAAAGGCGAAAUCCUGCCAAAAAUGCUCAAGGACAAAGGGAUCCCCAUGGAAAGCAUACCCGUCUAUCAGAAGAUCCCACACCCGGGAAUCCAGGUGAACCUGCACAGCUACUAUUCCCAGCAGGGCAUUCCAGCCAGCAUUACGUUUUUCAGUCCCUCUGGCCUGAUGUACAGCCUCAGGUAUAUUCAAGAGUUAUCUGGUGACAACAUGGAACAAAUUAAGUUCGUCGCCAUCGGCCCCACCACAGCUCGCGCCCUGGCCGCCCAGGGCCUGCCUGUGAGCUGCACCGCAGAGAGCCCCACGCCGCGGGCCCUGCAAGCUCCUGCCCCGGCCCGCGUGGAACCCCCGGACAUCAGGCCCCCGUGCCCCUGACCUUCCUCCGUGGAGACCAACUGGGACCCUCGCCCGGCGUGUGCCGGCUCCCGUGGCAGCAGGACGGAAAUCAAAUAAAGCGCACUGGCCACUUGUGUGACUGGGUAUUGUCACCUGCUGUCUGUCUGUUGUCAGUGCAGAGCAGUGUUUGGGGCGGAAGCGGACGUGCCCAAGUUCUGAUAACAGACCUGGUAUGAUAAUAAAAUUUGCUGUGUCUGAAGUUUUGUUCAUCCUA